AUGACUUCAUUAUUGGUUUUAUCAUAUUUGUUAUUUUUUCAUGCCUGUAGCAAGGUACUGAACAUGUGAUGUGCAGAAUUGUGUUGAAACGUCACAACCUAAUCGAUCUACAACUCUAGUUUAAAAAAAAAAAGGAUGUAGAAAAAAUAACCGUAAUACAAUAAUCUGUUUUAGUUACACAAUAUAAAAAACAUGUAAAGUGUAACAGCAGUAAUCAAAAUAUGAGGUGGAGGAGAAUGAAAAGUAUAAUGUUUACCAGUCCUAUCGAAGUGAAGCUGUUAUUAGCUUAAAAUAGGGUGUUACAAGUGUAAGGUAUGUUAUGUAAGGCUCAUAAAAUGUCUUAAACUUAUAACAUUAAACUUAGGGUAACCACAAAGGAAAAAUCUUAUAGUAAUUACAUCCAAACACAAAGAAAGACAGCAGGAUAAGAAACAAGGAACAAUGGAUCUACAAAACAAACAGAAAACAACAAAAUGGCAAUAAUGGGGAAACUGAGGCCCAGCAUGGCUAAGUGACUCAUCUGAGUCGACACAGGAUUCACCCCCAGGUCUGUCUGGCCACCCCUGUCUGCCUGGUUAUUUUGGAAAGGGAAGCCAGCUGUUAAGAGCAUGCCUCUGUGCCAAUGGGGGGCCACCACCCGGGGCAGAAAGCCCGAUGGGGAUGGAGCUCAGCCCAUGGCCACCAGAGGAGGCCUGAAGGUGCUUCUGCACUGGGCCGGCCCCGGUGGCGGGGAGCCCUGGGUCACCUUCAGCGAGGCCACACUGACUGCGGAGGAGGUCUGCAUCCACAUUGCACACAAAGUCGGCAUCACUCCACCCUGCUUCAAUCUUUUUGCCCUCUUCGAUGUCCAGGCCCAGGUCUGGCUGCCUCCAAACCACGUCCUGGAUAUGUCCAGAGACUCGAGCCUGAUGCUGCACUUCCGCAUGAGGUUUUAUUUCCGGAACUGGCAUGGCAUGCAUCCCCAGGAGCCGGCUGUGUACCGCUGCGGUCCCCCAGGGUCCGAGCCUUCCUCAGAACAGGCAGAGCAGGGGGUGCAACUCCUGGACCCUGCCUCCUUUGAGUACCUCUUUGAGCAGGGCAAGCAUGAGUUUGUAAAUGACGUGGCAUCGCUGUGGGAGCUGUCAAGCGAGGAGGAGAUCCACCACUUUCAGAACGAGAGCCUGGGCAUGGCCUUUCUGCACCUCUGCCACCUCGCUCUCUGCCAUGGUGUCCCCCUUGAGAAGGUGGCCAAGAAGAUAAGCUUCAAGGACUGCAUCCCACGCUCCUUCCGGCAGCAGAUCCGGCAGCACAACGCUCUGACGCGGCUGCGCCUGCGGAGCAUCUUCCGCAAGUUCCUGCGGGCCUUCCAGCCGGGCUGCCUCUCGCGGCAGGUUGUCAUGGUGAAGUACCUGGCCACACUCGAGCGGCUGGCGCCCCGCUUCGGCACAGAGCGCGUGCCCGUGUGCCACCUAGAGCUACUGGCCCAGGCCGAGGGGGAGCCCUGCUACAUCCGGGUUGGCGGACAGGCCCCUCCCGACCCCGGGCCCGAGUCUGCCGCCGGACCCCCCACCCACGAGGUGCUGGUGUCGGGCACUGACGGCAUCCGGUGGCGGCUGGUGCAGGCAGAGGGUCCCAGUGCUGGCGGCGGCGGCGGCAGAAGGAUGCCCCACGCUGGCGCAUCUGGGAAGAAAGCCAAGGCCCAGGAGGUGGGCAGCCAGCCAGUGGACAGGCCCCAGGAGGCCCCAUGGGCCUACUUCUGCGACUUCCAGGACAUCACCCACGUGGUGCUGAAGGAACGCCGCGUCAGCAUUCACUGUCAGGACAACAAGUGCCUGGAUUUGACCCUGCCUUCCCGGGCUGCGGCCCUGUCCUUGGUGUCACUGGUGGAUGGCUACUUCCGCCUGACGGCCGACUCGAGCCACUACCUAUGCCAUGAGGUGGCCCCUCCGCGGCUGGUGAUGAGUAUCCAGGACGGUAUCCACGGACCCCUGCUGGAGCCAUUUGUGCUGGCCAAGCUGCAGCCCGGGGAUGGCCUCUACCUCAUCCACUGGAGCACCAGCCACCUCAACCGCCUCAUCCUCACGGUGGCCCAGCGCGACCAGGCACGUGGCGUGAAGGGCUUGCACCUACGGAAGUUCCCCAUCGAGCUGCAGGCUGGGACUGUCGCGCUGGAGGGCUGGGACCGGUCCUUCCCCAGCGUGCGCGAGCUGCGGGUUGCCCUGCAGGGCUGCUCCCUGCGGGCCGGCGACGACUGCUUUUCCCUGCGCCACUGCUGCCUGCCACGGCCAGGAGAGAUCUCCAACCUCAUCGUCACGCGGGGACCUCGGGCCAGCAGCAGGCCGCUCAACCUCAGCCAUCUCAGCUUCCACCGGGUCCGCCAGGAAGACAUCACCCAGCUGUCCCACUUGGGCCAGGGCACGAGGACCAACGUGUAUGAGGGCCUCUUGCGAGUGGGGGGCGGAGGCCCCGAGGAGGACAAGGUGGAUGGCGGGGACCCCCCCAUGCCCGGGGCGGGCUGUGAACAGGAGCUGCGAGUGGUGCUCAAGGUGCUAGAUCCCAGUCACCAUGACAUCGCCCUGGCCUUCUACGAGACAGCCAGCCUCAUGAGCCAGGUCUCCCACGUGCACCUGGUCUUCGUGCACGGCAUCUACGUGCACGGCUCCGAGAACAUCAUGGUGACGGAGUACGUGGAGCACGGACCCCUGGACGUGUGGCUGCGGCGGGAGCGGGGCCACGUGCCCCUGGCCUGGAAGCUGGCAGUGGCCCAGCAGCUGGCCAGCGCCCUCAGCUACCUGGAAGACAAGAGCCUGGUUCACAGCAACGUGUGUGGCCGGAACAUCCUGCUGGCACGGCUGGGGCUGGCGGAGGGCACCAGCCCCUUCAUCAAGCUGAGUGACCCCGGCGUGGGCCUGAGCGCCCUCUCCAGGGAGGAACGGGUGGAGCGGAUCCCCUGGACAGCCCCUGAGUGCCUGUCCGGUGGAGCCAACAGCCUAAGCACUGCAGCCGACAAGUGGGGCUUUGGUGCCACCCUCCUGGAGAUCUGCUUCGAUGGGGAGGCCCCCCUGCAGGGCCGCAGCCCCUCUGAGAAAGAGCGCUUCUACCAGAAGCAGCACAAGCUGCCUGAGCCCUCGUGCCCAGAGCUGGCCACACUCACCAGCCAGUGCCUGACCUAUGAGCCAGCCCAGCGGCCAUCCUUCCGCACCAUCCUGCGUGACCUCACUCAGCUGCAGCCCCAAAAUCUCGUUGAUGUCUUGUCUGUGAACCCGGACUCACCGGCGUCAGAUCCUACGGUUUUCCACAAGCGCUAUUUGAAAAAGAUCCGGGAUCUGGGUGAGGGUCACUUCGGAAAGGUCAGCCUGUACUGCUAUGAUCCAACCAAUGACGGCACUGGUGAGAUGGUGGCCGUGAAGGCCCUCAGGGCAGACUGCGGUCCCCAGCUCCGUACAGGCUGGAGGCGAGAGAUCGAAAUCUUGCGCACACUCUACCACGAGCACAUUGUCAAGUACAAGGGCUGCUGCGAGGACCAAGGCGAGAAGUCGGUACAGCUGGUCAUGGAGUACGUGCCCCUGGGCAGCCUCCGAGACUACUUGCCCCGGCACAAUGUCGGGCUGGCCCAGCUGCUGCUCUUCUCCCAGCAGAUCUGCGAGGGUAUGGCCUACCUGCACGCGCAGCACUACGUGCACCGAGACCUGGCCGCACGCAACGUGCUGCUGGACAACAACAGGCUGGUCAAGAUUGGGGACUUCGGCCUCGCCAAGGCCGUGCCCGAAGGCCACGAGUACUACUGUGUGCGCGAGGAUGGGGACAGUCCCGUGUUCUGGUAUGCCCCGGAGUGCCUGAAGGAGUGUAAGUUCUACUAUGCAUCCGACGUCUGGUCCUUUGGGGUCACCAUGUAUGAGCUGCUGACCUACUGUGACUCCACCCAGAGCCCCCCCUCGAAAUUCAUCGAGCUCAUAGGCCUCACCCAGGGGCAGAUGACAGUGCUGAGGCUCACUGAGCUGCUGGAACGAGGGGAGAGGCUGCCACAGCCAGAGAAAUGUCCCUGUGAGAUCUAUUGCCUCAUGAAGAACUGCUGGAAAGCAGAGGCCUCAUUCCGCCCGACCUUCCAGAACCUCAUACCCAUCCUCAAAACGGUCCACGAGAAAUACCAAGGCCAGCCACCCUCAGUGUUCAGUGUCUGCUGAAGCCCGCCAGCAGCUCUGCUUGGGGGGAUUGGAGCAGACAGUACUCAAAGAGAGGGCCUCCUGCUCCCCACCCUAAGAGGAGCCCAAGAGGGGGUGGUCAGCCUCACUGACUCCCUGUGCCUUACCCCUGUCUGGAGGCCCCACCCCUCUGAACUGACUUUCCUUGUCUUAGUCCGUUUGGGCUGCUAUAACAAAACGCCACAGACUGGGUGGCUUAUAAACAACAGAAAUUUAUUUGUCACAGUUCUGGAGGCUGGGAAGUCAAGAUCAAGGCACCAGCAUGGUUGAAUUUUGGCAAAAGCCCUCUUACUGGUUCAUAGCCUAUGCCUUCUCACUAUGUCCCCACAAGGUCCAAGGGGGCAAGGCAUCUUUCUGGAACCUCUUUUACAAGGGCACUAAUCACAUUCAUGAGGGCUCCACCCUCAUGACCUAUGCACCUCCUAAUACCAUCACUUUGGGUGUUAGGAUUUCAACAUAGUGAUUUUGAAGGGACAGAAACAUUCAAACCAUUGAACCUUCCAAGAUCAUGAGCCUGACACAGGCUCCUGAGGGACCCAGGACAAGCAAGGAGCUUAACCAGGCCCUUGAAUCCGAUCUUUUUAUCUUCCCCCAGCUCCUGCCCUUGGAGCUCACUAUCUCCCCUAACUGGUUAAAAACUCAUAUUUCCUCUGCUAGAGGCAUGGUCCUUGGGCCCUUCUUCAGUGAGUGUCCACUCCCCUGGGGACUGCAGCUAGAGCAACUCAUUGCAGAAGAAGUCAGAUUCAACUAUUGAACCUUUGCUCACCUCUAAAUCACCAGCCAGCAAUUAGACCAAUGCCUGGAACACGGAAGGCCCUCAAGAUAUAUGUUAAAUAUAUCAAUAAAGGACCUGGGGGACCACAUGCCAUGUAAAUAAGAUUGCCAGUUUCACCUUUUUCUCGCUGCGUGACCUCAGGCAAGUGGCUUCCCCUCUCUGGGCCUUAGCUCUCAACUAUGAACUUGGGAUGGUCAUGCUUGCUGCCUUGUAGGACUAAUGUCAAGAACUAAUGAGGGCUUCCCUGGUGGUGCAAUGGUUAAGAAUCUGCAUGCCAAUGCAGGGGACACGGGUUUGAUCCCUGGCCUGGGAAGAUCACACAUACUGCAGAGCAACUAAGCCCAUGCACCACAACUACUGAGCCUGCACUCUAGAGCCUGUGUGCCACAACUACUGAACCCCGCGCACCUAGAGCCCGUGCUCUGCAACAAGAGAAGCCACGACAAUGAGAAGGCCCCGCACUUCAACAAAGAGUAGCCCCUGCUCGCUGCAACUAGAGAAAGCCCGCACACAGCAACGGAGACCCAGCACAGCCAAAAAUAAAAACAAAUAAAUAAAUUAAUUAAAAAAAAAAAAGAGCUAAUGAGGUCGUAUCUGUCAAAUGCUUAGCAGAGAGAUAUGCAAACAACUGCUCAAUAAAUAUUUGAUAUUAUUGUUAAUCUGGUGUUUGCCAAUGUGUUUCUGCUUAACAGGUAUACUUGAGAUGGGUCUGCCACAUUGUGAAAGGCAGUUAGAGUUCUUUCCCGUGGGAUUUUCUAAGACCCUGUGCAUUGCGGCUCCCCUGACUGGACAGUUUCACACUAUUCUAGUGAUAUUUGCUUUUUAUAACAGUUUUUAAAAUUAAAUAUUCAUUAUAAUUGUAAAUCUUCCUUUUUUUUUUUUUUUUUUUUUUAAAGGUAAUAUUGCCAUAGGCAGUGAAAUGUUUCCCUCCUCUGUCCAUCAGCCACCACUGUCACCUCCCCGGGAGACAACUAAUGUUAUCUGGUUUCCUGUUUUGGCUUCCAGAGACAUUUUAUCCAGAUACAAGGAAAUCUGUGCACAUAUUAUAUUUCCCCAUUUUUCGCAAAAAUAAUAGUAUGUGCUGCUAUAUAGAGCUCUAGCCGGUAUCGUUUCUAUUUUUUUCCCACAUAAUAGGCCUUGGAGGCAAACAGUGUUUUCUCUUUCUAUUUUAUGGUUGUGUUGUAGCUCAUUCAAAUGUCAUCGGCAUUUGUUCAUGUAAUCAUUUCUAAUCCUUUGCCAUACCCAGGCUUCUGCAGUGAGUAACCAUGUGUGCACAUGGUUUCACCCACGUUCAAGGGUAUCUGUAGGACAAAUUCCCAAUGGGAAUAGCUGCACGAUCUAACCUGGUAAUUUGGAAAGUCAUUGCCACUAGAAUAUAUUUUGAUAGUUGAUAGGGCAAGUCUCUCAUUCUUUUCUCAAAAUUAUCUUGGCUUGUUCUCGGGCAGCUACUUUUUUUUUUUGCAUUCUUUUUUUCAAAAAUUAUUUUCCAGGACUUAGCUGGUGGCACAGUGGUUAAGACUCCACGCUCCCAGUGCAGGGGGCCCAGGUUCGACCCCUAGUCGGGGAACUAGAUCCCACACGCCUGCCAAACUGAGAGUGUGCAUGACACAACUAAGGAGCCCUCCUGCUGCAACUGAGACCCAGUGCAACUCAAUAAAUAAAUAUUUUUAAAAAAUUAUUUUCUGUUAUGGUUUAUCACAGGAUGUUGAAUAUAGUUUCCUGUGCUAUGCAGUAGGACCUUGUUCUCUCUGUUUUAUUCUUUUUCUUUUUUCUUUUGUCCUACCCAGUUACAUGGAGAUUUUCUUGCCCUUUUGGAAGCCUGGUAUCUUCUGCCAGUGUUCAGUAGAUGUUCUGUGAGAAUCCUUGCACAUGUCAAUUGUUUUUUUUUUUUAUUUGGCCGUGCGGUAUGCCAUGGGGGAUCUUAGUUCCCCGACCAGGGAUGGAACCCAUGCCCCCUGCAGUGGAAGCACAGAGGCUUAACCACGGGACCACAAGGGAAGUCCCUGUAGAUGUAUUUUUGAUGUAUCUAUGGGAGAAGGUAAGCUCCACGUCCUACUCCUCCGCCAUCUUGAUCCAAUCUCAGGACCUUAUUGUUUAUCCUUGUUGUAAACUCUGUGUAAUAGUUUGCUUUUGGCAGCUACCUUUUAAAACUUUUAUUAUGAACAAUUUAAAGCAUAUUCAUAACUAAGGAGAAUAAUGUAAUGAACCUACACUUAACCAACAGCCAGCAUCAACGGUUUCUAAUACCCAUGGCCAGUCUCUUUUAAUAAAUGUAUUUAUUUAUUUUUGGCUGCGUUGGGUCUUUGUUGCUGUGUGCGGGCUUCCUCUAGUUGCAGUGAGCGGGGGCUACUCUUCGUUGCGGUGCACGGGCUUCUCAUUGCAGUGGCUUCUCUUGUUGAGGAGCAUGGGCUGUAGGCGCACGGGCUCAGUAGUUGUGGCUCGAGGGCUCUAGGGCGCAGGCUCAGUAGUUGUGGUGCACGGGCUUAAUUGCUCCGUGGCAUGUGGGAUCUUCCCGGACCAGGGCUUGAACCCAUGUCCCCUGCGUAGGCAGGUGGAUUCUUAACCACUGCACCACCAGGGAAACCCCAUGGCCAGUCUUGUUUCAACUUAACCCAUGCCACUGGAUCAUUUGGAAGCAAAUCUCAGAAGGCAUAGCAUUUCUUCUGUAAAAACUUUGAUAUCUAUCUUGAAAGAUAUUACCACAAACAAUAACUACAAUGUCAUUAUCACAACUGGAAAGUUUAAACAAUAAUUCUUCUAUAUCAUUGUAUAAUUUAGAGUGUUUUGAUUUCCCCAAUUGUCUCUUCAAUAUUUGGUGUUUGUUUGUUUACAGUUUGUUCAAAUAAAAC